AUGGCGUUCAACGCACGGGGGAGCCCUGCGCGCCCGAGCAUAGAGCACCUCAGCUCUAGUGUCAGCACAGGGUUCGCAGAGGACGACAACGCGGACUAUGGCGGGGAGACUGUCGAGUCGCUCAUGCAGAAACUCGCUAUCGAGCGACGUGUACACUAUGGAGCUGAGAAGAUGCUUGACGUCAUCGAGAAGCGCGGAGAUGGUGCACAAGUCAAGGCGCGCAUCACAGCACAGCUGGAAGCUGCCAACGAGCACAUCAAGGUGUUGGAAGCCAAGCUGGAGAAAUUGCGAGGUGGAAGCUCACAGAAUCCACAACGGCGGCGCAGGCCAGCGCGACUGAACGGUUUCGGCGCCAGCUCUGGCCUCUCGACGUCCACCACGUCCACACUCCUAUCCACUGGUCUGGGCAUUGGAAGGCGGCGUGGCCCAGACUCUGACCGGUCGCCGCACUCCACACCAUCGCGCACGUCGCAUGCGUCGCACUUGUCAGGACAACAGAGCGACUCGCCGUCCCCAUCUCCCGCCGACCGGACUCACGCAGGAGCGCGCUUCCUCGAUCCGGAGGCAAGCGACAGCGACGACGACGAGAGCGUGGUCGCUCUCCGUGGUACGGUUGGAGCUACAUUGUCGCGUCUACGUGAUCUAGGCCGAGCCACGACCAGCAAUGGCAAUGGCAAGGGGAAAGAGCGGGAAACGGAGGUCGGCGACGACGACGACGAAGAAGCGUGGGAUGCCAUGACCCGCCUUGCGGACGCAUUCAAAAAGUCGCCCUCGUUGCUCAAGCACGUUGACACACACGAAGUGCUCCAGUGCACGCUUCCAUUCCUCGCCGACUCGGCGACAAGUCGUCAGCGUACAGCAGGGUACCGACUGCUCCGGUACAUGGUUCUGAGGAGGACAUGGGGACGAAUGAUCAACGCGGGGGUGGAGUGGGUCAUCAUUCGGACGUUCACGCGUGAUGCUAAAGCCGUUCACGAGCGGGAGGCUGCAUUGCGACUGCUACGCGACGUCAUUGUCCUUCCACCACCCACCCCAAGAGACAUGGAGUGUCUUCGUGAUCCAAACCCCGACGCGCCCCCAGACCCUGUGGCUGAGCUUCUCACUCACCGCGUGCCCCUCCGACCGGGGCUGGUGCGCGCGAUAGUGAGCGCAGCCGAGAACCCCGACGACGCAAUGCACACUGUCUGCUUGGAGACACUGGUGGAAGUUGCGCUUCUCGAUCUGGAGUGUCUCCUCCGUGCCGAUGCCUUUCGCGUCGUUCUCAAUGCGUUCAAGGACGGCCCCUUCGAGCUCGGUUUAGGCAUGACUGGUUGUCUGACCUUCCUCGUCAACAAGCCACAUACCCGCGAGCUCCUCAUCCCAGGUUCCGACUUUGAGACUGUCCUUGUCGGCUUGACAGAAGAGUAUGGCAAGAUCCCUUCUCGCCAGAUGCAGCGGCACCUGGACAAGCUCGAUACGUGUGUACGCAAUGUCGGUAUGCUGCUCGGCUCUUGGUCCGGGUUGAUCUACAUGUGUAUGGACGAAUGCCGGGCCGUCAAGAGUCUCAUCUCGUCGCUCCACGUCCCCAUGGGCGAGAUGCGCAACGCCUUGCUGGAUCUCUUCUUCUCGGCCUUCCGCAUCAAGGCACCAUCCUGGACUAGCGCGUUCCUCGACGGCCGUCGACUGACAGUCUACAACCGAACGUUUGACGCCACCACCCAGCUCCAGGAGAACACCGACGAGGACGAGAUGCCGUCUCGACUGAGCAUUGUGGACAACUAUGUGGCGUUCCUUCUCGCAGUCUUUAUUGAAGCGGGUCUUCUCGAGGCUCUGGUCAUGCUCAUCCAAGACGAGGCGUGUACUGAAACCGUUAGACGCAAGGCGACCCUUCUCCUGGGCGAGAUUCUGCAGCUCGCAAACCACACCCUGCCACUGCAGUAUGCGGCCCAAAUCCAAGCUCUCCCUCGGCUCUUCACUGGUGUAACCGACUUCUCCAAGCCGGGCGACCGUAAUUCCGCACUCUCGGCCUUGUCAUCUAUCGAUAGUUUGUUCCGCAACAACCGCAAACGCGGUCAGGCGAUUGGGCAACCACAUGGGCCUAUGGCAACUCGUAACGCGGUGCAGGAGUCGCUUCAGCGUAGCCAGCGCCAAGUCCAGCAGGUGAAGCUGCGUUUAGGUCUGCAAAUGGACGACAAGGCAUUUGGUCAGAUGAUUAACGACUCGGGGGUGUUAGUAUCUCGCGACCACACCAAGUGGAACUACGACGUGAUCAUGGAACUACUGCAGGGCCCUUUACUCAACCCCAAGCGUCUGGACGAGGUCAUCAAGGCCACCAAGUUCAUCCGCCGCAUCUUCUCCUUCCUCCACCCGUAUAACAACCGCUUCAGCAGCAUGAUCCGCACAAGGCCAAACCAUAAAUGGGUUCGCCUCGCUUGUGCGCUACUCACCACGAUGCUUGUCAACCCCGAGGGCCAGCGGUUCCUCGCUGAGGACAAGCUGCUGCGUCAAAUGGUCGAGUGCUUAUCCGAGCUGGAUCAGUAUGCAGGCCAGCCCAGCGCGUCGCCCGUGCUCGCCCGUGACCGCCUCGAGAACACCCUCACAUAUGGCUACUUUGAGAUGAUUGGUACCCUUACGAAACACCAGAAGGGUAUCCACUUCUACCAUUUGUGCGAGCUGCGCAGCCGCGAUGAUAUCAUCAAGCUCAUCAUCGAGUGCUUUGACUACUCGAUCGAUGCGCACCAGCGCAUCGUGCUCUCCAAGGCGCUCACCUCGAGCUACAUGGAGACUCGCCUUUUCGCAACACACCACCUGGGCCGUCUCCUGCAUGACGCACCCGACCUCACGGACUGGGCACUCCAGCUCCUUAUCACCCAGUUGUACGAUCCCGCCAUGGACGUGUGCGAGAUUGCCGUCAUGUUCAUGUCCACCUCUGCCGGUUUCAUGUACCUCCUCAAUGCUCAGUACAUCGACUACGAGCUUGAGAGCUGGUUGACUAACAUGCUCUACGUGAUCGAAGUCGAGACAUUUGUGUCCAAGACCAUCCGUCCGUUCGCAAAGGAGCAUCACGAGGAGUUUUGGGCGUACGAGGGUACAGCCCCAACGCACUUCUUUGGCGAGCUGUGCAAGACCUAUGAAGGUUGCCAGUACCUCCGUGAGAAGGGUCUUGUGCCCGAAUUCGCCGAGAUCAUCAGGCUCCACGGUAUGGAGGCGUCAGACCCACAGGUCUUGACCUCUGUCAAGGCCGCUCUUUGGACCAUGGGUCACAUUGGCUCCACGGAAGGUGGCCUCGCGUUCCUCGAGGAUGAGGAGAUUAUCGAGGUUAUUAUUGAAAUUGCCGAACAGUCGCCCAUUCUCACAAUGAAAGGAACCUGUUUCUUUGUCAUUGGCCUCAUCUCGUCAACUCAAAUGGGCGCCGAGAUCCUCGAGGAAUAUGGAUGGGUGUCGACUCGUACGCCGCUUGGACAGACCACGGGCUUGUGUCUCCCCAACGACAUUAGCCGCUUCGCCUACAUCGAGCCAUGGUCACGACACAAUGUUGACUCUGGUGUCCCGCCCCUGCCAGCUCUGAGUGGUCUCGAGGGCGACGUCAUGCACAUGAUCUCCAACCUGAGCAACUACGUCCUGGCGGCCGGAGCGAUGAACAAUCUCAAACGUGUGCGCAAUCGCCACCCACGCAUGUUCUCGAGUACAACCCUGUUCCAUCGCGCAAUGCGAGCCGUCUCGACCAACCACUUCCAGGCUCCUGUGAGGCGGUUCAUUCUCGAUCUGUUCGAUGUUGAGCUCGGACCGCAUACCCUCCCACGUCUCACUCACCUUGAGAAGGGGAGCUACGCGUACGCUUUUCUCAAGGAGAAAGGAGAAGCCUGUAACGACGAGGAUUGCAAGGACGAUGAACCCGACGAGGACGACAAUGACGUCGAGGCCGACACGCGCCGUCGUGCCCGCUCGUCGCCUGGUCCCGAGCCGUCGCGCACGUCAGGUCUUCGCAGGUCUCGUGGCCUGACUGUCAAUGACUUGACACCGUCUCGCGUGCCCACCGCACCGGUGCCGAUGGAUCCCCUCGACCCCCUGUCUCCUAGCGAUUCGAGCCCGCUUGGUAGCCCCCCACAUCGACCGUGGGCAGCGUUGUAUGCAGGAUCCAGCAGCGGACCCUCGACACCAACGGCACAGGAGCGUAAUGGAGGCGAGGACACGCCACCAACGAUCCGCCCACCACCAACCAAACCGUCAGCUCUGGCGGCUACCGCCUCGUCUCAGCAACAAGCUACCUAUUACGAGGGCAAUCCACAGGGUUACUACACCCAAGAGUCACAGGACGAACGCCCGUACCUCAAUGAGUCGUACCGCCCCGGCCUGGAGCUUUCUGGCUUUCCUCAGGCCAUGAGUGGCCCGCCACCCACCCCGUCCGGCAGUGGUGACCGCAAUGCCGCACCAAGCACUACAAACAACAGUGGCGCUGUCCUCGUCCCAGCUACUCAAAGCGCCUCAAGCACGACGAGCGCCCACCGCAACACAAGCCAGCCGGUCAAGGUUCCGGUUUCUGAAAAGGUCAUGGCAGCCGUGUCCCAGCUCGAGUCUCGCGUCCUCCAGCUGACUGAUGACGUCCGGGGCUAUGGAGAUUUACUGCACGGCGUCCGCGUGGGUGUUCAGGCUCUGCCAACAAGAGAGGAAGCCAAAGAGGAAAUCCGCGACAUCUUCACACACGCCCUACAGGAUUUCUUUGUCAACAUCACCGGCGCGGUCCGCGAGAUGGUCACUCCCAUUCCUGAAGCCACCGCCCAACUCGUUGCGGAGAAGAUCAAUGAGCUGGGACUAGCAACGAGACCUCAACCGCUGCUUCCUCCAGGUGAUAAGGCGACCACACCACUCAUUGAGCACCUCGUCGCUUCACUCCGCCCGGUCGAUGAGCUUAAGACCGCCAUCCAAGGAAUCCAGCACCUCCCAGAGGCCCUUCAAUCCGUUGCAGUCUUCCACCGAAGCAUGGAGCUCCUCCACCAUAAAUUUGACAAAGUCCAAGAGCCAGUCGUGUCAGUUGCGACACCGCAACAGCCCGACUUGACCGAUGUCCUGUCCCGCAUCGAGACCCGUUUGGCCGCCAUGGAAAAGCGACUGGACGCAACCCCCUCUCCUGCGGAGUUGAUGGAAACAAUGAAGGGUCUUUCGGACAACAUGGUCACUUUCCGCUGCGACAGUGCCGUUAUGGACGCAACACAAUCGCGUUUCACGCAGCUCGCCAACUCGGCUAUUCUCCUCCGUCAAGAUGCUCAAAGGUCUGAAGCUGCACGUUUAGAGCAAUCCAGGAGAGAAGAUUCUUCUCGAGCUUUCAACAACGCUUUCUCCAGUGGCAUUUCCAUGUUCCAGCCUUCAUACAACGGCUUCACCAUGCCCAUUACUGGGCCAUCAGUUACGCCCAACAACUUUCCAUCAUUCUCACAGCGCCACGGGUUUUCUCCAGCCCAAACUUACAUCCACCCGACCCCUCCACCUUCUGGUCCUAUGCGCUCUCUACCACUGCAGCCUGAGGGAUCUGGUGGCCAAAUGCUCCGCCCGUACACGAUUGUCCAUCCUCCCGUUAUCCAUGGCCCGCAACCGGAGCGCUUCUCCACUGAGACGUUAUACGCCCACGACAGGCUUGGUGGUCCCCCUCCUCAACCUUCGACUAAUUCUUCUCGGAAGACCACUACCCCCUCUCCACAGCCAGAGGAGCCAGUGGUGGAAACCCUCUACACUCAUCACCCACACCCUCAUACUGCCCCAACUCGGGCCACCAACCCAGCCAGCGCAGCAGACGCUGCGGAGUCAAUCCAAAUCGCACCACUGGCCACUUCCGCGACAGGCAGCAUUGUUCAACUACUUGAAACAUCAGCUCCCCCGAAGGAAACACAGCCUACCAAGGUCAAAUCUUGCUCCAAGGCCAAAGCCUCUGGUCAGACUGCAAAGGCGACCAAGGCAGUUGCCAAGGACGUGGCAGCAGUAGCUGGCCACGAUGUCUUUGGCCCAGUCGUCGAUCCUGCUGCUGCAGCCCCAACCACAGCCACCGCCACCAAGGCGGCUCGUUCCAAGACCAAAAAGGCAAGCAAGGAGCUCCGAGUCCAAGCUUCCAGUGAUUCCGCCCUCGCUGCCGUUGUUCAGUCCACCAGCUCCACCAGCUCGGCUCCUCCGAAAAGCAAGAAGCGCAAGGCCCCAGGCCCCGAGGGCGCACCCGUCCGCAAGGCCAGUCGUCCCAACACACGCACCGCCGCGCAUGCCUCUCCUCCACCUAGCUUGCCCACUGUUGUCGAACAACCCAAUGAAACGACCGAAGACUACCCUCGCGCCGCCUCGCCCACGGGCUGGCAGCGAGUGCACAUGACUCGGGGUAACACACGCAGGCUCAGCGCAAUCAUGCCUGCUCCCCCCAAUCCUCACGACAUUAAGCCAGCUCUCCCUCCCUCGCCACCACCCACUAACCGCCUCAACUCUCACCAGGCUGCUUCGCCAUCGUCGCCGAGUCAGAUCGAGAGGGAGGUGGUUGACGGAGACGCCCUUAUCGGACUCAUCUAA